GAAGAGUAGACUGUCUGGCAGACAGGUGCACCACCACCUCCUCCUCCUCCUCCUCCUCCUCCUCCUCUUCCUCUUCCUCUUCCCGGAGCAGUGCAGCGAGCGUCGGUCCUGUCAGGUGCAGGCGCAGCAACCAUGGAUUCCCGCAAGGAGAAAUCGCGAUUCAAGCCCACGAAAGCCAAAACGACGAAGCGGAAAGAGAAGCCCCACCGGGGCGCCGCGUUCACCCGGAGGAAGUCCCUCCGUUCUCUCGCUCAUUUCAUGGGCAGGGUGCUGAAAACUUUGAGCACUUUGGCGCACUUCGGCGAGGGGCGGCCGCCGGAGCCCGGCGAGGAGGAGGAGGACGACGACGACGGCGGCUUUCGAGACGAAGCCCCGGCGGGUGUCGCCAAGGACGGCGCCGCGAAGACCACCUCCGCCGUGUCGGUCAGGGAGCGCUUGUCGUGGUGCUACGGCGACAAGACGCCCGGGGCUCUGGGGCUCAAGAACCACGGCAACACCUGCUUCAUGAACGCCGUGGUGCAGUGCCUGAGCAACACCGACCUGCUGGCCGAGUACCUCGGGCUGGAGCGCUACAAGCCGGACGUGCUGGCCCGCAGGGUGAACGGGGAGGCCGCCAGGGGGGAGGUGACCGAGCAGCUGGCGUCGCUGGUUCGAGCCCUGUGGACGCUGGAGUACACGCCGCAGCUCUCGGUCGACUUUAAGAGCAUUGUGGCCAAAUACGGCUCCCAGUUUCGGGGCAACUCGCAGCACGAUGCUCUGGAGUUCCUCCUCUGGCUUCUGGACAGAGUUCACGAAGAUGCCAAAAACCCAAACAACAAUAACAGUAGCAGCAGCAGUAGCAACAACACCAAAGCCAACGUCAAGGGACCCAGCUCGCUGGAGGACCUGAACAACACGCAGCAGCCCAGAGGCCGCAACAGUUUUGUCCAGGAACACUUCCAGGCCCAGUACAGGUCAUCUCUGACUUGCCCUCAUUGCCUUAAGCAGAGCAACACCUUCGACCCCUUUUUAUGUAUUUCCCUGCCCAUUCCUCUGCGACAAACCAGGCCAAUGUGUGUGACGUUGGUGUUCAGCACCAAGAGUCAGCGGUAUCUGCGAGUCGGGCUCGCCGUGCCUCUCUUUGGUUCGCUCUCCAGCUUGAGAGUCAUGGUAGCAGAGGAGGGAGGCAUCUCUCCAGACCAGGUCAUCCUGGCCGAGUUGUACCCCACGGGUUUCCAGCGUUCCUUCUCAGACGACGAUGACCUGACAGCCAUCGCCGAUAGCGACGUCAUCUACGCCUUCCAAGCGCCGCCUCUGCACGGUCGUGGGGGCUCUGCGCCACACUCAGGGUAUCACCACAGCCUCCCCAGCUCCCCCUACAGCUCCUCGGCCGUGAGGUUGCCGUCGUCCGGCACGCUUUCCACCGAGUACCUGAAUCAAGGCGGCUCAUCCAAAGUCCUGCUCCUCGUCUGCAACACGUCCGGAUGCGGUCAGCAGGCUGCCCGAUUCGGGCCGCCAUUCCUCAUGUUGGAAGACAGGAGCAUCUCUUGGGAGCAGCUGCAGCAGAGCGUCCUCACCAAGCUCUAUUAUCUGAUGCUCAACAGGUCUCAGGCUCAGAACACCAGAGUGCUGUUCAAGAUCAGAGUGGUGGGAGGCUCGGCGUCUUACAGCUACCUGUCACCUCAAGACGGCAGACCGCUGCACCACCCUGCCGUCGACAGAGCGCUGAAAUUUUGCGGCCCCGGGGGACCUCCGCAUGUGAAGGUUGUCAUCGAGUGGGAGCACAAGCUUAAAGACUGUCUGUUUGGCAGCAUGCAGGAGGAAUUUGUCCAAGAUGCCGAAAGCGUCAAGAACCAGCAGCAGCGGCAUCUUCAGCAACAUAGCUGCACUCUGGACCAGUGUUUCCAGCUGUAUACCAAAGAAGAGCAGCUGGCUCCGGAUGACGCCUGGAAGUGCCCUCACUGCAAGCAACUGCAGCAGGGCAUGGUGAAGAUGAGCUUGUGGACGCUGCCCGACAUACUCAUCCUUCACCUCAAGCGCUUUCGACAGGUCGGCGAGCGCAGGAACAAGCUUUCAACGUUGGUGCAUUUCCCGCUGACUGCCUUGGACAUGGCCCCGCAUGUCGUUAAGAGGAGCCAGAGUAUGCGUAACCUGAAUAGCGGGCCGUGGCCCACGGCCUGGCCCAAGUCCUCGGGCCAACACCGUGUACCUGCAGACAUGACCCUCCCUCACGACUACCUGUACGACCUCUAUGGUGUGUGCAAUCAUCAUGGAGGAAUGCACGGGGGACACUACACUGCCUACUGCCGGAACUCUGUGGACGGUGUGUGGUACAGCUACGAUGACAGCAGUGUGGACCUGGUCCCGGAGGAGGAAAUCUGCACCAAAGGAGCCUACAUUCUCUUCUACCAAAGGCGAAACGUCAUUCCUCCGUGGUCGGCCAGCAGCUCCUUCAGAGGCUCGACGAGUUCUUCGGUGUCAGACCAUUGGUUGAUCCGCCUGGCAGGAGACAGCAAGCGAGGCAGCCUGGUGUCGCGCUCGUCCACCAACUGCCCGUCUUCUGUCCCCGAGUCCCCUGACUCUCCCGUUUUCCUGGAGAACUCUUCUAAAGAGGAAGGAGGGGUCUUUGAGAGCAGGACUUUCGUGAGGGGUCUGCAAGGGCGAAGUGUGAGCAUGAGGGCACCCACCAAGACCAAGGACAAGGUACUACCGCUGCGGUGGUCGCUCGGUUCCAGAGACCGACGAAAACCCGAGCCGUCGCCUCCAGACGUUCGAGACCAAGCCCCGGUAGAGCUGGUUCAGUAUUUGGAGUCCGGUCGACGGCCUCGCUGCACCAAGGAUCCGAUAGAGUCAUUAAUGAACGAACCUCGAAGCGUCAAGGAAGCCAAAGGUGGCCGAGCGGUCAGAUCCUCUAGUGCAGGAAGGAUCAGUUGCGUGGGUAAAGCAGGAGAUGAAUCCAAACAAGUGCCGGAGGGCCAGAGGAGGCCAUCGGAUCAAACAUCCAGCUUAAGGCGCCGGAGAGAGAGCUCGCCAAGAGAGGAAGGCAGUAGUAACACUCUUUCCCGGAGAAAAGACUCCAAUAGGCAGAGCUCCUCCAAAGCCAACCAGGAGGUGAAGCAACCAUCCAGUUCUGGUGUUCAAAGCAGCUCCAGCACCUUCAGCAUUCUCGGCGGCACUCUCAGAAGACAAAAAGACGACCGAACGGACGGGGAACGUCGUAGCGCAAACGAAGGCAGUGUGAAGACCAAGAGCCGUGAGCGACUGCUUUCUUUCCUUAAAGGGAACUUCCUGAGGAGGGACAAGGACUCCAGGAGGUCCGAGGACGUCGGCAGAAGGUCCGAGCCGUGGUUGGCUAACGGAGCGGCCGGAGGCGAGCGGAGAAAGUCUCACGGCGAAGAACUGUCAAACGGGAAAGCGGGCCGGAACCCGUUCGACAUCAAGCGCUCGCAGAGCUCGUCCAGCCUCCCCACCAAGACGGAACAGAGCGCCCGUAGGACGGCGUCACUGCAUCGCAACGGCACAUCGGCGCCCUCGGCGCAGAUCCGCAGCCCCGCCGACCCCAAGGCGUCUUACGGGAGCCUGCCGAGGCCUCGCUACAGCACCACGUCUUUGGGACGCAAAAAGAACGUUCCGGAGUCCAGCUUCUGACGAAGACGCCUUGAAGGACCUCGGUUCGUUUAAGUCAAAGCAAUAGAGCACAAUUAUGGACUUAAACGGACCACACGGAGCUUCUACUCUUACAUAAUGUGACCUCUUUGGCCUACUCAAAAAGUGCCUGAGCAACUUCUAUGCAGUUGAGAGAAUCUGUUGUGAUGCGUUUUGCGAACUGGAAGCACACCACACUGAUAGCAGAUCCACCUACUUAACACUUCUGUGUCUUAUUAUUAUUAUUAUUAUUAUUAUUUGAGUCCACUUCAUCCAGAGUCCAGAAUCGGUGGGGUUUUCGACCAGUCACGACACCCUGAUUGUGUUUGAUGACGCGAAUGUAAAACGACUUUAAUGCUGCUAAUUGACCGCCGGAAUUGGACUUCGACUCCUCGUUAAUUCGUCAAACGCUUUCAUUCUCAAGCAGUGACGACAUUUCGUCGCAUUCAUUUUUUUUUUUUUUACCCCUUCAUUUUUAACAAUUGUCAGUGGGUUAAUGUCUUUCUUACUCCCUAAUUGUCAUACUUUUUGUCCACAUCAUAACAAUGACACUUCAUGCCUUCUGUUUAUUCCACCGCACUUUAUGCAGUGGAACCUCCAAAAAUUAAUAAUGGGAGUAAAAAAAUGUUUCAGAGGUAAACGGUGCCAACGGCAAGCAAUAUUUUAAAAGACAUUAUGCAUUCCCCCCACUGCGCACACACAUUUUAAACAUGUUCUUGGGUGUUUUACUAGCUCGUCUGUGUCCUGUGUUUGCUGAAAUUUUCCCCUUUGAGAUGACAGCGUAAGCGAGGCAGAUGCUUGUCAUUUUUACUCUUCGUGGGCAUUAUAAUGUCAAUUUUCCUUUACCCAUUCAUGGGCAGGGUGGCAAUUUUUUUGCCUUAUUGAGAUAAAAGUCUCCUAACGGGCCACAAUCAAGGAAAUAACGCUUCUUUUUCGUUUAUGGUUAAGUUAUAUGAUAACUUUACUAAUUUAUAAUCUCGUCCCGAAAAUGGGACGCUGCCCGUGAGAGGGAACUUGUUUUUUUUUAGUAGAUUGUCCCAUAAACCAGAAUCAGAAUCAGAUUAAAACACUUAAAUAUUUCGAUAUACUGAGGGAUAUAAUGCUUGAAAAUCAUGAUUUCCCAAAAAUGGGACACUGCCCACGAAUGGGUUAAUGUGCCGAGGUACAGGCGGGACGGCGGAUCAUCUGGAAAGCGUUGGCCUCACAGUUCCGAGUUCGAUCCCAGACUCGCCUGUAUGGAGUUUGCAUGUUCUCCCCGUGCCUACGUGGGUUUCCUCCGGGUGGGCACUCCGGUUUCCUCCGACAUCCCACAAACAUCCAACAUUAACUGGACACUCUAAAUUGCUCCUAGGUGUGAUCGUGAGUGCGGCUGUUUGUCGCUAUGCUCCCUUCGAUUGGCUAGCGACCUGUUCUGGGUGGACCCGGCCUCCUGCCCGUUGACAGCUGGGAUAGGCUCCGGCACUCCCCGCGACCCUUGUGAGGAUAAGUGGCUAAGGAAAUGGAUGCAUGGAUUGAUUGAUUGAUGGAUGGAUGGAUGCCAAGGUACAAAAAAAGACAAUUUCACCAAUAAUAUAAACUCUAAAAACAAUUUAGCGUAGCAAAGGCAAGCUAGAGACUGGCGAGCUAAUACGGCUAAUGUUAGCAAAGUAAUUGCAUGUCACUGAAUCUUUCUUCAUGCUGUGCGGAACAUCUUUUAAUUUUGACUAAUUUGUCACAUCAGAAGGUGACUCAUUGCUCAAGAUGGCGGAUAUUUUCCCCGCGAUGAAAGCAAAGCAUUAGUUUGUCAAACGAUCGUCUCUGAUGAAAAGCUCACAGAAUCAAUUAAGGCCUGCGGAAGCCGAGUUCCAGAUCGCUCGAGUUCCCCUUCUUAGAACCGCUAAUUUGACAGCUGUCUCCGGCGCACGUGUACCUCAAAUGUAAAAAGAUUUGCAAAUAAUUCCCCGUUUUUGCUCGCUCACCUUCAAACUAACGAGCGCGGCGUGGCCGUGUUUUUCCAUCUGUGACUCAUUGAAGUCCAACUUUUAUCAACUUCCCCACCAUCGACGUCACUUCGCCGGAGUGAUUUAUUUGCUAAAUGUGUCGGGUGCCGCACGGUAGACUAGACGUGGUAAGCCCGUCCGUCUGCCUAACAGCUGUGAUGUUUGGGGAUUGAAUCCACACCUUUGGGGACUUCAUCUUCCUCCUACAUUUAAUACACUGACAACACUAAAUUGUCCACCGGUGUGAAUAAUGUGGCUGUGCAUACUUGUAUUAGCAAUGGGCUGGCAACCUGUCCUUGGUGCGCCCCCGCCUCUCGCAUAAAGCCAGCCGGGUUAUGCUAACUCUGACCCGCAAUCCAAAUGAGGACAAACACUAUUAACUUCUCUUAACAGUAUUGUAUCAUAACAGCUUUUAAAUCGGCCACGAAAGCGUCUUUCUCUCUUUUUUUUUUUUUUUUUUUUAAUCUUGCAUGAAGCUAGUGAGGGCGAGCAGAACGCAAAAUGAAUAAAUGGAUGAAUGAAUGAAUGAAUGAAUCAGUGAGAGGCAAGUGACUUUGCUUAAUGAUUACUGGAUUGUCCUUCACUGUACUGACACCAAGUGAAAAGAAGGACAAAAACCAGCAUUCAGCCUUCGAACGCAGCCUUUUUUUUCUUCUUCCGAUCAACAUCAGCUGAAGCACGAAAAUGUCUCUAAUAUUUUUUGUAGGUGCCCCUACUCAUCUGGCGUUCUUUAUGCGAACUCUCGCAUUUUAUUUUUGUCUAAGUUGAAAUCUGAGCACAAAGUGGAUGACGUGUAUUUAAGAGUGUGCAGUGGUGCCUUGAGGUGCAAAUGGCGCGACAUUUUUCGAGAUAGGAGCGGUUGUUUGGACGAUUGUUUUGCUUUGACUUGCAAGCAAAAACUUGAAAAAGUAGUUUCGUUAUGUUGGGAGUGACGUCAACUCACUAAACAACAAGCAGCAGUUUGGUAGAUAAUAGACAAAUAUAUAUAUAUAAAAAAAAGGGGGGGGGGUCUUUAAAUUGACUAUAGAGCUUGUGCACGUGACGCCACCAUUUUCACGUUGCCGGUCAAACAGAGCUGCUCGACAUUGUGGGAGACGUUGAACCGGAGGAGAAUAUUUACAAUACUUGAGACCUGUUGUCACAACAGACGAGACAGAUCUUCAACGAGAUCAUACUCAGGAAUACCAGCUGAAAAGACCAGAAAAUAUCGAUAUUUAAAAAAAAAAAAAAAACAUCUGUCACAGAGAGGUGUGUGUGUCCGCAAUACGCUUCCGUGUACGAAUGACCAGACUCCCCGUACUUUUUUUUUUUUUUUUUUUUCAACCAUAGUUAAUGAAUGCGAGUUUGUGUAAAACCAGGGGUCAUUUAUUUAGAUAUUAGUGUUUGUAUUGAAUACGAGCUGAAAAGAUCGAUGGAUUCCGGAAAAGGUUAGCGUGUCACCGCGUUCACGAGCCGACAAAACCGUCACUCUGUGGGAUUUAUUCCAGAUGAGAACAGAUCCAGCAACAAAGUCCAGACUUUUCUACGCUUUCAAACUUUUCCGUGUAAAUCUCGACAACUUACUCCAGUUGUCCAAGACGAGCGGAAGCAAAUUAACAGUCCAAUUUCUUAUCGGCGAAAACAUCAAUUUCAGCAUUAAAUACGGGUCCUCUGUGCCCAGUUCAUCAAAUUUUUCCACGUACCUUCGUUUAUUUUCACCUUCUAAAUGUCUGACGGUAUCGGACGAGACACUGGGCGUCGUGCUACAAGAUGUAUUUCCAUGUCAUCUCCAACCGACUUAGCAUUGCGCAGUCCUUAGCUUGACCAGCAAUAUAGCAACGUAAAGAAAAGUCACGUGAUUUUAUGACGUAGGUGCUUAACUUGAGGUUUACAGUCAAACUAAUUAUAAAACAGUCAAAUACAUAUAUUUAUUUUAUUAUUAUUUAUACAUAUGUAUAUAUUACAUUUAAAACAACCACAUAACUUUGCGUUAGCUUAAUGCUAUCAAACAAUGCAAAAAACGCUUAGCAUCGAGCAUCGUCAGCUUACUGAGGAGCGGGUCCAUUUACAUCCAUCCAUUUGUCUUAUACUGCCCCCGGGUGGCCAAGACAUGCAUACCAGAAGGAACAGCCCAAUGUCCACUAAAAGGAAGGAAAAAAAUGUGGCAAAAACUGCUUUAUUAAUAUUGCUAUGAAGUACAAUAUGAAGUGCUCCCCCGCUCAAAAAAAUAAUAAUAAUACUUUUCAAACUGUUUUGUUGAAUUUUGUGAGAAGGAUGAAAGUGAAUGAGAUAAACGUGUACCUGAAGGCACCACUGAAAAAGGAACAUUGAGUAGAAAGUUUUUAAGUGUUUUCAUGAGAUCUGGAAAUUGUGUAAUGCAGUACUGAUGUUGGGACUUUGAAUCCGGGUUCCGGCUUUCCUGUGUGGACUUUCGCGGUGCUUGGCUGAGAUUUCUCCAAGUUCUCUGGCUUCCUCCCACAUUCCCAAAAACAUGCAUUUGUUUUAUUUUAGACUCAAUUGCUCUUCGGUGUGAACGCUUGUUUGUCCAUUCGCGCAGUGGGCUGGCAAGCAGCCCCUGGUGUACACCGCCUCUCGUCCAAAGUCAGCUGAGCUCGACCCGAAUAAGGAAACGCUCGAUUAGCAAAGGUGGGCUCCAUUCCAAAUUGGAAACUUUCCAUGGAAAUUAUGAGUUCCUGUAAAUUGGAAAAAGUAUCACAUUGAGAAAAAAAAAUCAUCCAAGCAAUAGUUUUUUACGAAAAAAAUGAAUACAAUAAAAUUCCUUGUGUGUUUUUACACACUUGACCAGUAAAGCUGAUUCUGAUUCUGACUCUUAAGUUAUGCCACCCGUAAAUCAAGAUGCCACUGUACCUGAAUGUUUUUUUUUUAAUGUGUCAGGAUUAUGCCAAAAUAUAGUUUCUCCAACUGCAUAAAUUCUUCGUCUCUGUUACGUUCCCAACCACCCACGCAGUGGGUGAAAUCUGCAAAGUAGCGACCACUUGUUUUUUUUUUUUGGUAUGACUCCUCUAAUUUAUCAAUGUUUCCCACGUUCCUGUUAUGCUUUACCAUAUGCUUAUAAACCAUUUCUAAACCCAAACACAUUUUUUUUAAAACAUAAGUUGAUUCACAGCGGUACUGUACAGUAUGUACCUUUCAUUUUCUGCAAUAUGUUUUCAUGAGGUUUUUUUUUCAAUUAAUUUUCUUUUUCUCUUUACAGUUUUGAUGUUUUAGGCAGGGAAAUGUUAAUUUAACCACAAAAAAAAUGACAGCAUACAUUCAAAACCCUGCAAUAUAGUGAAUUAUGUGUAAUGUGAAUAUGACAAUAAUCACAAUCCACUGAAUCUGCAAUUGGUGAACCGUAACAUAGCGGGGGAACACCAUAUAUACUGUAUAAGAUUGCAAUUAAGAGACAGCCUGUAAUAGUAUAAAUUUGUCAUUCUUCUCCUGUAAUUGUAUUAAUUUCUCAUUCAUCUCUGAUUCCUAUUGGGUCUUAAUAAUUCUCAUGGAAAGUUUGAAAAUUGGUGACAUUUUGCAACUCAAUUGAAGGUCUUCAUUGACGUAAGUGAAACGAGCGCAGCAAAGUUCCCCGCGUCCAAGCUGCGCACUUGUUUUGUAACACAAACAUUUAAUUUGCAAGUUUUUUUUGUUUUUGUUUUGUUGAUAUUAUCAUGACAUUUUUUGGGGUUAUUCAGAUUUGCUGUACUUUGUGUGGGAGAGACGCGAUUCAAUGUAAAUGAAAGUGCGAAACUCUCGAGCCUGUACAGAUCUUAGAUUUGUCCUUGACUGUGUGAGGAUCACAUUGUUGUACUGUAUAACUUUAUUUUUCCACUAAUAUGAAUUACAUAUAUAUAUAGAUAUAUAUACUGCUUCUUUUUGUUCUUUUAUUCUGACGGUGUGUCUGCGUCCAAUAGAACGGCGUUCUGGCCAGUAUGUUGCGGCCUUCGGUACAAGGCCAAAAACCCGCAUUUGCAAUCGGGCCGACUCCUUUGUAAAAGUUGUUGAGUUCGCCCAAAA